GGUUGCCGUGGAAUGGCUCAAUUUACAGCGAACUGAGAGUUGAUCAAGCGUCCCCCGCCUGGCCUUUUAAGACAUCACCGGUGAUCACCUCCCCCGUCCUCCUUGGUCAGUCUUGCAGGUGUGGCAGACCCUGGCACUGGCCCUUCGGUUUCCCGAAUUGCGAAGCAGCUGCCGUGCAUUGCGUGCCGCCGUGCCGCCUGUCGCUCACUUACCCGGCCGCUUGACCGCCCCGAAACCCGCUCAGGGCUCGCUCUCACCAGCGGCCAGAGCCAGCACGCCAUCGCCUCAGCCCGACCGUUACUGGCAAGUGAGCCCAAUGCUGGCACGGGCCAUUUAACCUGGUACCAACGCAAGACUCCCAUUUGCUUGCGUUUGCGCCCCGUUCCCCCUAUGGAACGCUUCCAAUCUCCCACCAUCCGCCGUGGCCGCCCGCCGCUCCCGAGACAGGAUGGCAUCGAUUGCCCGACCGAUGACGCCGACACGGCUUCUCUGACACACCCGCCCACACCUCGACAUAAGAGCGUUCCCAGCCUCGACAGAUCCGGCGAGACCGAGGUCGGACAGGUGGACACGGCCAGAAGCUGCGAUCGACUGCGGCCCGAGGAGGAGCGGUUGAGGUCCCGCGACAGCAUGACCAGCAUGUCGUCGUCUCUGAUAGGGAAGACGGUCACUCCGUUCCUGAAGGAACACAUUCCAAGCUUGUACGCCCCGAUCGGCAAACCAAACAAUGAACAGACGGCGCGAGAGAAGGACCCGAACACCAAGUACUGUUAUCGCCACCGCCCCGAUUCGAAAUGUCGACGAGCUGCCGACGAGGCCAAGAUGGUCAAGAUCCAGCAGGAGCUCGACAAACUCACUCCCGCUGAUCAACAAGCCAUCACCCAUGUGUGGUCACUGUUCUCCGCCGCGCCGGCCCGCCACCGCGAGCUGAUGCUGCAGGGGGUCCUCGCGCAGCUCUGCUUCCCCCAACUAUCGCUUGUCUCGCGCGAGGUGAACGAGGCCCUCAAGAUCGACUUCAUCACGGCGCUGCCCGUCGAGAUCGCGCAGAAGAUCCUGUGCUACCUCGACACGGUGAGCCUGACCAAGGCUGCGCAAGUCAGCCAGAGGUGGCGUAUGUUGGCCGACGACGAUGCCGUCUGGGUCCGCAUGUGCGAGCAGCACGUGAAUCGCAAGUGCACCAAGUGUGGAUGGGGCCUGCCCCUCCUGGAGAGGAAGAGGCUGCGCAACUACACGCGGGCGCGCCAACUGGCCAAGGAGAGCUCCAACGGAAGGGUCCAGGAAUUGACCGAUUCGUCCUCCCAAGGGACCCUAGCUUUGGGCAAGCGACAGGGCGAGUCUACAGAAGGGCCUGACGGCAAGCGGCAAUGCGUGGAGAAGCAGCCGGAGCUGGAGCCCAGGACGCGGAGUUGGAAGGCCGUGUACAAGGACCGGUGGGAGGUUGGGUACAACUGGAAGUACGGGCGCUGCUCGGUCAAGACGCUGAAGGGACACACCAACGGCGUCACAUGUCUUCAGCUAGAUGACAACAUUCUUGCGACCGGGUCCUACGAUGCCACCAUCAAGAUUUGGAACAUCGAUACGGGCGAGGAGAUUCGAACCCUCCGCGGCCAUACGCGGGGGAUCCGCGCCUUGCAGUUCGACGAAUCCAAAUUGAUCAGUGGCAGCCUGGACAGCACCAUCAAGAUCUGGAACUGGCAUACCGGCGAGUGCAUCUCGACGCUCCAGGGCCACACCGACGGCGUUGUCAGCGUACACUUUGACGCCCAGCUUCUUGCGAGCGGCUCGAUCGACAGGAGCGUCAAGAUCUUUGACUUCAACUCGAAGGAAGCGUUCUGCCUGAAAGGCCACACCGACUGGGUGAACUGCACGCGACUCGACAUUGCCAGCAGAACGGUCAUGUCGGCUUCUGACGACACCACGAUCAAGCUGUGGGACUUGGACACCAAGAAGGUGAUCCGGACGUUUGAAGGACACGUUGGCCAUGUGCAGCAAGUGCUGUUGCUCCCGCCAGAGUACGACCGUAGCUGACAGCGGCCGGAAUCAGGGAUGGAGUUUUGGUGUUUUUCUUUUUUUGCUCACUCUUCGUUGUUGUUCUUCUUCUUCCUUCCAGUUUAUCUCUUUUGCUUUUUCUGGCGCUUUUGUAUCUUUCUCUGGGACCAUUGCGAAAGGGGUGGACAGCGUUUGGGCGACGACGGGUUAUGGGGU